CUCAAACUGCAAUUUUACGUACUAAAUGCAAAAGGAAAGGAUUAAAAAUAUUAUAAUUAAGAAGAUAACGGACAAACAGUUUUUAAAAAAUUUUUAAUAUUUGCAUGUGUUAAACGAACAUUCACAUGUUAAACGAUAACAGGAGUGUUAAAGCGGGAUUGCAACAAAAUAUUUGAAAUAUUACAUAAAAUCUUUGUAUAACAGAUAACUGUAUAUACAUAUGCACAUACACAUAUGUAUAUGAUUACGGCCAUCUAACGUGAUUAAAAAAAUGAAAAUUCGUAUAACAGAAAAUAACACAAAUUUUUAAAUAAAAAUAUUACAAAAGUGUUAUACCCUUAAAGUAAUAUUAUUGAAUUGAAAAUAUUAAAAAGAAAAAUUAGUAUAAUAGAAAAAAAAAUUAUUACAGUAUAAAAUUUUUAAAUUUAAUAAUUUUAUUUUUUUUUAUUUCUUUUUUUUUCCUUUUUCAUAAUUUUAUUAAUUGUGUGUGUUAAAAUUUGAAUAUGUAUAGCUUAUAAUCAUAUUUUAAAUAAUUACAUAUAAAAAAAAUAAUUUGUUAUACAUAUUAAAUUUUUUUUUUGCAAAUUAAUUAAGAACGUUUUAAAGUUGUAUAAAAAUUAUAUAAGAAUAUUGCAUAAGAGUUUUGAAUAUUAUAAAAAUUUUUUAUAUUGAAGAAUUUUUAAUUUUAAAAAAGCACUUUCGGUUUUCUUUUCGAACAUCUACACAUAUGUUAUACUCCGUUAUAUGAAAUUAAAUUAAUAAUAUAAAAAUAUUUUAUUUGGAUACUAUAACUGUUCUGGAUUAAGUAUUUCUUCAUUUUUUUAUGUAAAGAUUUAUCAUCAUCAUUGCAACAUGACAUUUAUUUUUGGUAUAUUAUUAACAACAUGGACAGUAUGCUUUGCAUUGCCAGAUGUACACAAACAGAUGACAAUAGGACAAUUACAAUCAGUAUUUCAUGUUGAUAAUAUUGAAUCUGUUCCAAAAUAUGAGCUAAUACAAUUGUUACAUCAAUUUGAUGAUGGUAAUCAAAAUGUAUCACCAUCUGAAGUUGUUGGUCAUAGUGUAAGGAAAAGACGUAGUAUUACAAAUCAUAUGGAAAUUAGUGGUAAAAAUGUACAUCAUGUUAAAAAAGAUUUAAGUAAAUCACCAUAUUAUAGUGAAUUAAAACAAUUAAUUAAAGAACAAAAUAAUAAAAAUAGUAUAAGUGAUAAUAGUUAUAGUGAGAAAUUAAGAAAUUUAGAUUUAAGUGAUUUAAAGGAGCAUAAUGUGUCAUUUAGUGCAUUUGGUGAACACUUAAAUUUAACAUUAAAAAAAACUGAAGGUUUAUUUAAAGAUGGUCCAAAUUCAUUACGUAUGUGGACUGUACGUAGUGAACCAAAUUCAACACAAGGUGUUGAGUAUGAAGAAAUUGUAGAUGAGGAACCUAGUGCAAGUGAAGAGAGUCAAGUGGGUGAAGUAUAUCAAGAUGAAAAUAACAUGGCAGCAAUUUUAAUGCGGCGACAUUUACAAACUGGCGAUUUAAUUAUGGAAGGAAGUAUUGGACAUGAAUUAGUAAUAAAACCUUUACCACAUGAAUUAAGUCCUAAUAAAGAUAAAGCACAUCAUGUUAUAUAUAAGAGAUCUUUAGCAGAAAAUGAUCAAUUAAGUGAUUUUGCUUAUAUGGAACCAGAUCAAUUUGAACAACGUUACCGAAAGAAGAGAUCAUCAAAAUCAUCACAAUCAAAAUGGUCAGAUAGUGAUGAUGAUUUGAUAGCAUCCGAAACAAAUUUAGAUAAUUCAGAAAUACAAGGAAAUUUAGAAAAUGAUAAAACAUCAUCAUUAAAUGCAGAACAGGAUGAUGCAGAAACAGCAGAAUCACGUAGAAAUAAACGCGCAGCGCCAUAUAUUAUCUAUCCAGAAAUUUUAGUCAUCGUGGAUUAUGAUGGUUACAGAUUACACGGUGGAGACAAUGUUCAAGUUAAAAGAUAUUUUGUAUCAUUCUGGAAUGGCGUUGAUCUUAGAUACAGAUUAUUGAAAGGUCCAAGAAUACGUAUCAGUAUAGCUGGAAUUAUCAUUUCAAGGGGUAGAGAUGCGACACCAUAUCUUGAAAGAAAUCGUGUAGGAAGAGAUGCGAUUGAUUCUGCUGCAGCUUUAACGGAUAUGGGAAAAUAUUUAUUCCGUGAAAGGAGAUUACCUGUUUAUGAUAUUGCUGUUGCUAUUACAAAACUUGAUAUGUGCAGAAGAAAUUAUGACUACGGUGAAUGUAAAAGAGGGACUGCAGGAUUUGCUUAUGUUGGAGGUGCAUGUGUUGUAAACAAACGUCUUGAAAAAGUCAAUAGUGUUGCUAUCAUUGAAGAUACUGGUGGUUUCAGUGGAAUUAUUGUAGCAGCACAUGAAGUUGGUCAUCUUUUGGGAGCUGUUCAUGAUGGCUCACCACCACCAAGUUAUUUGGGUGGACCAGGUGCUGAAAGAUGUCGAUGGGAAGAUGGUUAUAUUAUGUCAGAUUUAAGGCAUACAGAAAGAGGAUUCAGAUGGUCACCAUGUACAAUACAAAGUUUUCAUCAUUUUUUAAAUGGUGAUACAGCAAGUUGUUUACAUAAUGCUCCACAUGAAGAUAGUGCUUUAGGACGUUCACUACCAGGAACAUUGUUAUCUUUAGAUGCACAAUGUCGAAGAGAUCGUGGAACAUAUGCUUGUUUUAAAGAUGAUCGUGUUUGUGCACAAUUAUUUUGUUUUGAUUCACAAACUGGUUAUUGUGUAGCAUAUAGACCAGCAGCUGAAGGUUCAUCAUGUGGCAACGGAGUGUAUUGUUUGGAUGGCAGAUGUGUAGCACAACAACCGAAUACAAUACCAGAUUAUUCGUCACAAUUUGCAUAUAGGACUUAUAAUUCAACAACAUCAUCAUCAUCCUCCUCAAUUAAUUCUUCUAUACAUAGUUCAGCAACAACUACACCAACAAUAACUACAUUAUUAGCUACAACAACAACAGCAACAACUACAACUAAUACGGAUGAUAAUAAUAAUAAUAAUAAUAAUAAUCACAAUAAUUUUAAUAUACCAACACCAAAAUAUUCAAAAUUUACAAAAUUAAUUCGAAAACAGCAUUUUGAAAAAUAUAAUUAUGAAACAGAAAACAAUAAUAAUAAAGACAAUAUAAAUAUAAAUAUACAUAAUAAUGAUAAUAAUAAUAAACAACAAAAUAAUGAUAAUGAUAAUAAUAAUAAUAAUGAUAAUUCUGAUGAUAUUAUUGAUCCUGAAACAAUAUUGGAAUUAAAAAAAGAAAUAAAUUUGAAUUUAAACAAUAAUGGCAAUAAUAAUAAUAAUAAUAAUAACAAUAAUAAUGAUAAUAAUCCAUUAAAUACAAAUUCACAUCAUACAUCAACAUCACCAACACAUAGAAGUUAUAUAUUUGGUGGUCGCUCAACAACACGUAGCCUAUAUUUUGAUCAAUAUUAUCGUAAAUUAACAACAACAACAAAAACCCCAACAUAUUAUAUUGAAAGUAUUGGUCAAUAUUUUAAAAAAACAAGUAUAAGCUCUAGUACAAGCAGUAGUACUGGUAAUACUAAUAAUAAUAAUAAUAGUAAUAAUAAUAAUAACAAUAAUAAUAAUGAUCAUAAUACUACUAUAUUACCACAAAGACAAAAUAGGCAACAACAACAACAUCAUCAAGAAUUAAUAUCUGAUUUACAUGUGAUACCAGCUACACAACAUCAGAAUCAUCCAUCAAUAUCAACAAAUUAUCUUGGUGAUAAUACAAAUAAUUUACCAGUUAAUAUAUCAGUUCCAGAUCGAAGGAUAGAAUAAAAAAAAUAAUAAGCACAUAAAAUAUUUUUCAUUUUAUUAUCGUAUAUAUAUAGAGAUUUGAACAUGGAGAAGAAGAAUAAGAAGGAGAAAAAGAAAAUCACAUACAAUUUCAUAUGUCAUUAAUUAUUUUAUUACUAUUAUUAUAUUCUUUAUCGUAAUUAUGUUUAAUUUAAUUUAAUUUAAAAUAUUUUAAUUUUUUUUUACAAUUUUUAAAUUAUUAUCAUAUAACAAAAAAGAAAGAAAAAAGCCAACAAAAAAAAGGACAACAAUAAUAUCAACUAAAAUUUAUUGAUUAAUUAAAAAUUAAUAAUUAAUUAUAUUUUUUUAAUUAUUAUUUUCAUUAUGUGUGCUCUACAAAUUCAUUAUAUAUUGAAAACUGUUAAACGUAUUUAAAUAUAUACAUAUAUAUAUAUAUAAAUAUAUAUAUAUAUAUAUAUAUAUAACUUUACUUGUUCUUGUUUUUCAACAAUAUGUGUGUAAAACAAAAAUAAAUGUAUAUAAAAAAAAAUAAUAAUAAUUAUAAUUUCAAAAUUGUUUUUUCAUCGAAUCGAGUACAAAAAAUUAAAAAUGUAUAACAUCUACAAAAAAAUCUCCCGCCUAAAAACAAAACACAACUACUACAUAUUCAAAAAAAAAAUUAUAUUUUAUAAUAAUCAAAUAUUGCGCGCUAAAAUAAAAUCGGCGGGAAGUAGCAAAAAUGACAAACAGCCUAAAAAAGAAAAAAAUUAUUUUUAAAUAUUAAUUUUAUUGAAUGAAAAUGUUAAUUAAUUGAAAAAUUAAAAAAACAAAAAUUAAAUGAAAAUUUUACCAACGAAAUUUAAUGUUUGCCAUUAUUUUAAAAAUAAUAGGUAGAUUUUUAUAUUUAUAUAAAAAUAAUAUUUUUUUUUUCUAAAACGAAUAUUUUAUAUAUGUAUGCAGAGUGAUUCAUUAUCAAAAUAAAAAAAUAUUUAAUUAGAUUUCAUAUAAAAACCUUUGUAUAUAAAACGGUUUAUUUUGUGUUACAAAUACUAAAACAUUAAAAUUGGGGCUUACUCUCAGUGUGGAGUCACUAAGUGUUAGUGAUAUUUAAUCACAAUAAUAAUAUUAAAUUUUUUACGAUCAUUAUCCCUAUAACUUAAUAAUUCGAUACUCAGAAUAAGCCCCAUUACUUUCUUAAUUAAUUUUGAAAAUCAGAGUAAUUUCAAAAUUCUGGGGGCAUAUGUAAAUUUAUUUAAUAUUGGAAAAACAUUCUAGUUCCUACUUUGCAGACAUUAAUGUGCUGUUGCUAAUCUUUUU